CAUUUGUGCGAGUUCUCUCUCAUCUUUCUCCCCGAUGGUAGACAUGAGAGAUUCAACUACAGUGGCUCAAAUUGUGGAGAUUGUGAAGAUGCUUGUCAAGUUUCAUCCGCUAUUAACGGUAACUGGUUUUAUCUGUCGGGUAAUACUUCUACAAGAUUGGAUUGAAGAGGAGGUUAACAUUCAAUGGAAAGCUCUCAAGAUGUAUUGCCAAUCAACAAUGAGAGCUUUGCUAUAUCUUAUUACUGAGAAGAUGGAGAAUCUAUCAAAAGCCCUUCAAAUGCAUCUCAACAAUGAAGCGAUAAAGGGUCAACCGAAGGCCAAGCUAAUUGGUAAAAUAGCCCUAUUCUCUGCCACAUUUCUUAUGCUUGAUAUAGAGUUUAGUUCAAAAUAUGAUAAAAAAGGGACCAAAACGAAGUUAUUGUUUUUUAUUGGCCUUGACCUACUAAUAUCUUCAGAGCUUUGGUGCCAACUAGAAAUUUUUCGUGGAAAAUGCGGCUACAUGGCAAAUUCCACAUCAAACUUCACCUUCUUUAUUUUGGCAAUUGUUUUUCAAAAAUUUUAUGACAAUUCCCUGAGGAGCCUCAGUGUUGUAUUGUUCAUCGCAAUUUUCUUUUUAUGUCUACUGGUGGUAUUGCAACCACGGACAGAUCUCGGCUUGUUUAGUUUCAUCAUUGGGGUCAUUGGAUCCAUUACUUAUAAUUGCUUCCAGUUCACGUCUCCCACGUGGAUAGUUGCCUCCAUCUGUUUUGUGUUGUUUGGUUUCAAGAGCUGGCUAGAUAAGUACUGGUUGGAUUUGGAACAAGAUCAAUCACUGACCUCUAAAAAUACCCAAGCUAGAAGCACUAGUGUGAUUUUGUCAGCAGGCAUGCGACUUGCAAAGGCAAGCUUUGUAGCUUCUGUUGUCAAAACUCCCUUGUCCAACUAUAAACUCUGGUUAGCUAGGUCAAUUGGUUGCAUGUCUUAUGGUCUUCGGAUCCAUCAGAUCUAUUCCAAAGAUGCCCCACUGCCCUCUGAAAACACCAAAGGAGUUAGCAGUUCAAUUUUAACUAUCAUAAAUGUUGCACAAGGCAUGUUUUGGUUUGCUAUAACCACAUCUCCCAUGGCAGAUUAUAAAGACUGAACAAGUCUAGGACUUAGAAAUCUUCCCCCCUUGCAGAAAAUUCCCCAGAUCUGCUGUCUUCUUCCUCCCCUGCCGCCGGUUGCUGCUGGGUGUGAGCUUCGGUUUUCCUGUGGUUCCCGUGGGAAGCCCCCUCAAUUUUCCGCCAGCUCCAGCCUUGUUUGCUGAGGAUUUCUGGAUUGGGUUGAAGAUGAGCUGAGUAAUCAAUGGAAAAUGCUCAAGGUUUAUUGCCAAUUAGCAAUGAGAGCUUCGCUAGAUCCGAUUAAUGAGAAGAUGAAGAAUCUAUCUGAAGUCCUCCAAAUGCAUCUCAACAAUGAAGCAACAAAGGGUUAGCUAAAGGCCAAGUUGGUCGGUAAGCUUGCCCUCUUCUUCGCCACAUUUCUCUUGCUGGAUACAAAUUUUAAUUCAAAAUAUGAUAAAGUGGGGCCAAAACACUAUUAUUGUUGCAUGUUGCCCUUGACUUGCUAAAUCGUUCGAACGUUUGGAGUCAACUCAAAAUUCUAUGUGGAAGAUCUAGUUGCAUAACAAAUUCAACAUCAAACGUCACCUUCUUUAUUCUAGCACUUGUUUUUUAAAGAUUUUACGAUAAUUCAUUAAGGAGCCUCAUUGCUGUGCUGUGCAUCGCAAUUUUUCUUUUAUGUGUACUAGUUGUAUUAUAGUUGCGGACAGACUUUGGGUUGUUUAGUUUCAUCAUUGGAGUCAUUGUAUCGAUUACUUACAACCGGUUCAAGUUCAUGUUUCCGUCAUGGAUAAUUGCCUCCAUUUGUUUUCCCGCAUGUUCUGCUCUUCCCGACCCCCCUGCACCCGAAAGAAAAAAAAAGAAGGAACCAAGCAAGCCGCCGGCCCCAGCCUUGAGGAAACCGAUGAGAAAGCUUGGAUUUCUCCUCCUUUUCUUGUUCUUGAACCCAGAAGUCUCCCUCCCCUGCUGGAAAAUCGGAUCUGCUAUGCUCUGCUCCUCACCGCCGGUUGCUCCUGCCUGUGGAGGGCGAAUUGC